GUGGUCCUCCUCAGGGUUUAAACCAUGAGUGAAUGUGUUCUCUGAGAGGCUUGAUCUGCUCCUCUCCUGUUGUUUGAUGUUAAUGUGAUCCAGGGAGUUCACUAAGAGACCUUUAUGAUCCAUAAAUCCGGAUCAAUAAUAAAGUACACCCUCCCCAGCCCUGAGGCCGGAUGUAGUCCUGAAACCUUGUGUCUGCUGUUGUGUUCAGGGUCGGAGGAGUCUGUGUGAGGAGGCUCUGCUGAAGAUCAGAGGAGUGAUCAGCUUCACCUUCCAGAUGACCGUGAAGAGAUGCAUCGUCCGGAUCCGCUCAGACCUGAAGGCCGAGGCUCUGGCGUCUGCCAUCGCGUCCACUCAGGUGAUGACGGCUCAGCAGGUGGUGAAAGGAGAGAACGGAGAGGAGGUGUUGAUCCCGUUCGUGGAGGACGGCUCUGUGGUCGUGGAGCAGAACGUGAACCUGCCGGAUUACCUCCCCGAGGACGAGAGUCCGUCUCAGGAGCCCGACAAGGCGGUGACCCGGGUGGGAUCCGGUCAGGAGGGAGCCGGCUGGCUCGGUACAGCCACUAACUUCCUGUCCCGCUCCUUCUACUGGUGACCCUGCGGGGCUCCUCCCCCUCUGUUGACCUCCCCCUCCUCUGAGAACCAAAAUGUACCAGCUGCCAAAUCUCACCCGUGUGUCUCUGCGGCAGAGACGAACACUGAGACAGAAACACUGAGACAGAAACACUGAGACAGAAACACUGAGACAGAAACACUGAGACAGAAACACUCCUGAGUGUGUCAGAGAGGAGACUUCCAUCUCUCGGUGGACAGCGUCCUCUGUUCACGACCACGAUGUCUUAAAUCAGACAGGAAGCGUCCUGCAGCAGUAAGAACAAACAGCCGGAGGGAGAACCGAGAGGACCGAGCAGGACGUCCCUCUCUUCUUCUACCUUUUUAUUAUUUAUUUGACCACCAGACUGAGUGACAGGAAGUUCAGUCCGCUGUGCCUUCACUUCCUCCAGACCACAAACCCUCUGACCUUCAAAGCUGUUACUGAUCAAAACCAACCUUUUCAAAAUGAUCAAAGUCCUGACAAACGCCUGCAGAGUCAGACCGACCAGUGAGGGACCAGAUGACCCACCUUUCAUUCCGCUUCAUUCUUUAGUGACAGACAAUCAGUGCUCAGAUUUCCUGACUUCCCUGAACGCAGCAUCAGAAGUGAUGGAUCUCACCUCCAUUCAACAAACAAACAUUGUAGACGUAGUUUUCUUCUCCUCUUGAGGACAGACCUGACAAAGCUGGACUUUGGACUUUGGACUAAUCUGCAUCAUGAUGUUGUUAUUUCAGCAAACUGAAGACCCGUUAAUUACAAGAACAUCACAAGAACAUCAGUUCCUGUUUCAGGUUCAUACCGCUGAAGGAAGCCUCUGUGGAACUGUUUACAGUGAACCUGAGACUCAGUAGAACUGUUUACAGUGAAGCUGAGACUCAGUAGAACUGUUUACAGUGAACCUGAGACUCAGUAGAACUGUUUACAGUGAACCUGAGACUCAGUAGAACUGUUUACAGUGAACCUGAGACUAUGUAGAACUGUUUACAGUGAACCUGAGACUCAGUAGAACUGUUUACAGUGAAACUGAGACUCAGUAGAACUGUUUACAGUGAACCUGAGACUCUGUGGAACGGUUUACAGUGAAGCUGAGACUCUGUGGAACUGUUUACAGUGAAGCUGAGACUGUGGAACUGUUUAGAGUGAAACUGAGACUGUGGAACUGUUUACAGUGAAGCUGAGACUCUGUGGAACUGUUUACAGUGAAGCUGAGACUCUGUUGAACUGUUUACAGUGAAGCUGAGACUCUGUGGAACUGUUUAGAGUGAAACUGAGACUCUGGAACUGUUUAGAUUGAAACUGAGACUCUGUGGAACUGUCUACAGUGAAGCUGAGACUCUGGAACUGUUUAGAUUGAAACUGAGACUCUGUGGAACUGUUUACAGUGAAGCUGAGACUCUGUGCAACUGUUUAGAGUGAAACUGAGACUCUGUGGAACUGUUUAGAGUGAAACUGAGACUCUGUGGAACUGUUUAGAGUGAAACUGAGACUCUGUGGAACUGUUUACAGUGAAACUGAGACUUUGGAACUGUUUACAGUGAAGCUGAGACUCUGGAACUGUUUACCGUGAAGCUGAGACUCUGUGGAACUGUUUACAGUGAAAAUGAGACUCUGGAACUGUUUAAAGUGAAACUGAGACUCUGUGGAACUGUUUACAGUGAAAAUUAGACUCUGGAACUGUUUAAAGUGAAACUGAGACUCUGUGGAACUGUUUACAGUGAAAAUUAGACUCUGGAACUGUUUACCGUGAAAAUGAGACUCUGGAACUGUUUACAGGGAAACUGAGACUCUGUUGAACUGUUUACAGUGAAAAUGAGACUCUGGAACUGUUAACAGUGAAACUGAGACUUUGGAACUGUUUACAGUGAAAAUGAGACUCUGGAACUGUUAACAGUGAAACUGAGACUUUGGAACUGUUUACAGUGAAACUGAGACUUUGGAACUGUUUACAGUGAAGCUGAGACUCUGUGGAACUGUUUACAGUGAAGCUGAGACUCUGUGGAACUGUUUACAGUGAAGCUGAGACUCUGUUGAACUGUUCACAGUGAAGCUGAGACUCUGUGGAACUGUUUACAGUGAAGCUGAGACUCUGUUGAACUGUUCACAGUGAAGCUGAGACUCACUACUAUCACAUGACAUCAGGACAUGAUGUGUUUCGCUGUCGCACCUUUUCUUACACCUGGUGAUGUCACUGCUCUCCUGACCUGAGACCCUUCACAGGUUCGAUUCCUCCUCAGGCCUGCAGGGGUCCAUGUGAGGACGCUGCUUUACUGUUCCUGACUUUAUUCAUGUGUGAGGCAGCAGAGGUCAAAGGUCGGGGUGUUUCCUGAGUCCUCCCCCCGGUGUGAACGCCUCUCCUGCAGGCUUCAGCAGUGAAUCCUUAAUGAUGAAGUGAACUCCUCACAUUCCUCUGACGCGUCUCCUGAUGUGUCUCCGUGAGACAGACCUGCAGACCUUUUUAGUCUCCUCAGAGUCUCGUCCUCGGAGCACAACGACCUUCAAUGACCUUGUACAGAUUUGUCCUGUGAUGCUGUGUGUGUGUGUGUGUGUGUGUGUGUGUUUACCUGCCAGGUGUGCUCAGAGCUGCAGCAAGCCCUUUAACAUUUAACACGUGAAGGUCGGCCUGACUCCUGAAAGUGUUGGACUGGUUCACAGAUAUAUUUAUUUUAUUGACAGACAAGGAUCAGGGAGAGAGGAGGAGGAGGAGGAGGAGGAGGAGGAGGAGGACGAAGAACAAACAAAGAACUCCUGCAGUGUUUGCACUCUGAGAACACUCGUGUCCAUCAGUGGAAGCAUGAAAUCUAUACUUAGAGCAGCUAACACUCGUUAGCUUGAAAUCAUAGCAGGUAAAAACCAGAGGGUGAUUAAAUGUUAAAGGGCUUCCCCUCUGUAGCUCCGCCUCCAUCACACACUGUCCAAUCACAUCCUGAGAUGUUAGCAUGAAGCGUGUUCCCACACAGACCAUCCUUGGGUCAUUCCAAACACCUCAGUCUGCACGCGCUCAGUCUGCACAUGCUCAGUCUGCACGCGCUCAGUCUGCACAUGCUCAGUGCGUCCGUAAACAUCCUCUCCUCUCCUCACAUGAAACUCUGUUUUCAAACCGCCUGCUGCCCCAGCAGUGAGUCCUGAUUGGAUCAGAGAUAAUCUGCAGUCUGAUAAAACUAAUCGAUGUUAAAGAAGCAGUUUCUCUCUCAGCUCGGUCGUUGUUUACUUCCGCUUUUUGAAACCAGGAAAUCCAGUAACACCUGACCCAGGAUCCUGCAGACCAGAUCCACCAGAGCAGACUGUAGUCUAAAUUCAAACCCAGUAUUGCCUCAUACACUGGAAGGUAAUAUGUGGGAGGACGUUUUGAAGCCUCAGAGAAGCGAGGAGCUGCUGAACAUCGGGGACGGUGUGUGGUGAACAGGUGGUUAUGCAAAUUAGACUCACAGCAGGGUGAGCGGGACCACGACAUCACCUGCUCACCACACACUGUCCAACUAAAGAUAUAAACAGGUCCACAGAGUCCUGUCCCCCCAAACCUGAGACCAUUUCACCUUCAACACUCUCUCUCUCUCCCCCUCUCUCUCUCUCUAUCCCUCUCUCUCUCUCUCUCUCCCCCUCUCUCUCUCUCUCUCUCUCUCUCCCUCUCUCUCUCUCUCCCCCUCUCUCUCUCUCCCCCUCUCUCUCUCUCUCUCUCUUUUGAAACCUGGUUUCUGAUUCGUUCCCUGAAGCCUGCCGACCAGUGUUCUUCAUCUUCAUCAGUGUGCUGCUGUUCCUUCAGUCUGUGGUGUAAUGAAGAUUCUUAAAGUUUUUGUUGAGAGAAUAAAAACUGUUGAAGUUUGA